AUGGCAAACAACCGCGGCCACGCCGACCUCGCCGCCUGGCUGGUCGCCAGCCGCGGCUGGACGCCGCUCGCGCACCUUGAGACCCUCACCGCCGCCCGCGCUCUCUCCCUGCUGCGCAGCGGCGCAAGCUUGCACGAGGGCGAGCCGACGCCGCUGCAGCGCGCCGCGGGCGGCGAGGGCGAGGCGGCGGCGCUGAUCCGGCGGGCGGCGGCGCCGUGGUCGCCGGCAAGCCAUUCGCUCUUCCCCGCGGCGGCCCGCGCGCGGGCGGCGCUCCUCGUCCUCUCGCUCUACGAGAUCCACGAGCAGCACCAUCUCGAUUCGGCAGGAAACACGAACGGCAUCGCGGCGCUCGACUUUGUCGCGUGCGUGCUGCGCUUCGCGAUCACGCGCGAGACGGAGUAG